AAAUGUGUCCGCGGAUCAAGUUGGGUCGCAAAACUUUCCAUCGCCGUAACAUACAUAGAUAGCCGCUAGAUAAGUUAGCAGCUGCUCCAUUCACAUCCCGCCCGCGAUCUGCACCCGCCCCGACACAGCAAUGUUGUUGUCACCGAAACUCUGUCAGCGACUCCAUUGUGGCUUUGUUAAUUACAGACUCUGUCAGAGCUUGAGAAACUUUGCAGCCGCCGCAGCCAACGAGAACAAUAACAGCGAUAAUAAUGCUAGUGUGGACGAGCGUCACCAUCCGCUGAAGGGCGUGCGCAUUCUGGACUUGACCCGCAUCAUUGCCGGGCCAUACUGCACCAUGGUGCUGGCCGAUCUGGGGGCGGAGGUCAUCAAGGUGGAGCGUCCGCAUUUUGGCGAUGAGGCCAGAAAGUGGGGACCGCCAUUCUUGGAGAAUAGCCAAGAUGCCGCCUACUUUCUAGCGCCGAACAGGAACAAGCAGAGCGUGUGCAUUGAUCUGAAGCGUGGCAGGGCACUGAUCCACAAGCUGGCCGAGAUCAGUGAUGUGCUGGUGGAGAACUACGUGCCAGGCACCCUCGAACGCUACGAUCUGGGCUACGAGCAGAUGAAAAAGAUCAAUCCCAAGCUCAUUUACUGCACUCUCAGUGGCUACGGAUCGGUGGGGCCAUAUGCCAAACGUCCGGGCUACGAUGUGAUUGCCUCCUCCAUGGGUGGACUGCUGCACAUCACUGGGCAAAGGGAUGGUCCGCCCAGCAAGGUGGGUGUGGCCGUCACAGACGUCGCCACUGGGCUGUAUGCCCAUGGAGCGAUCCUGGCAGCGCUCUACCAACGCCAGCAGACUCAGCGGGGCCAAAAGAUCGACGUGGAUUUGCUGUCCACCUGCUGUUCCCUGCUGAUAAAUGUCGCCAGCAACUAUUUAAACGCAGGCAGCGAAGCGAAGCGUUGGGGCACAGCCCACUCCAGCAUUGUGCCCUACCAGAGCUUCAGGACCAAAGAUGGUUAUCUCACCCUGGGCGCCGGCAGCGAUGCCCAGUUCGUGGAGCUGUGUCGUAUGCUGGGCAUUGAGCCUGUGGCUGAAGAUCCCAAAUUUAAGACAAACAAAGAUCGUGUCCAAAAUCGCGAGGAGCUGGUGCAACUGCUGGAGCAGAUUCUGGCGCAGGAUAGCUCCAAGAACUGGAUGAAACGCUUCGAGGGUGCCCCGUUUCCGGUUGGUCCGGUGAAUAGCAUUAGCGAAGUGUUCGAGGAUGAGCAUAUUAAAGCUAUUGGCCUGGUCAAGACGCUGCCGCAUCCGCGUGAUGGCUCCGUCAAGGUGGUUGGUCCGCCUGUGGUCUACAGCGAGGCACUCAACGAUGCCCGCACGGCUCCGCCCAUGCUGGGCGAGCACACGGAUGCCGUGCUGAGCGAGCUGCUCGGCUAUGGACCUGAGGAGCUUGCCGCGCUGCGGGAUCAGGGCAUUAUCCAGUAACUAGUAGCCCUUGCCAUGUAAAUCCUGUACAGAAUUUCCGGAACUAUAAAUCUAAAGUGUCGAAGGGUUUUUGGUACAAUCAAUGGGCCAGUCUUCUUCCUUUUCUCUAUUGUUCAUUAUGCCGUUCUCGACUGAGCAUGUGCCGUGGAGCCAGCGCACGAGUCGGCAGAAGGCGAUCAUUGUGCUAUUCUACUCCCUGAUGCUGACCGUGGUCAUCAACAUUGUGGGCUGGAUAGCCUUCUUUUGUGUGUUCAAGCACAACGAAAAGUACGCCAUGAAAGUGAACGAAGAGAAGCCCAAGGACAAGCAGACCGCUGCAGUCGGGGAGAGGGUGAUGGUGUCGAGCACGAGUUUUCUUACCUGAAUCUGAGAAUGUCCAGCUGCAGGCACACAUAUGCAAAUAUCGAUUUUAUUAACUUCGUCACUGCGUCACGGCAACACGGCAACAGGGGCAAAAUGAAAAGGAAAAUGUAAAGAAAUGAGCAAAAUAAAGAACGCAGGGUAGCCUCGGUUAGGGACUCACUUUCAAA